AUGGACUUCGCGCGUGUAAUAAGCAUGGACCCAGUCGGAGGGACAUUGGUGGAAUCGAUACGUACCACUGCGCAGCAACGGAGAUUCCGAUUAUUAUUUGGACUUUAUCCAGCUUCUAUGCAAGGACAUCCGUAUAAGAUACCGUUGCCGGAAAUUACACAAUCGCGCCAGCCAAGGGGGCCUAAUACAGGGCUGGAGAUUGUGGUUCAUGCAAAAGCUGCAACACACCUUGCAAGCGUUGCUAAAAGAAUCAUACCCAUAACAAAUUUACUUGCUUGGGGCCGCCCUCUGCGAGUUUCAAAACACGAUGCAAAGUCCGUUAUGCGUGACAAGGCUGCAUGGGAUGAAACGCCAGCCCGUCCAGUUUCGCAAGCUUCAGCGGAGAAAGAGCCUCUAGUGCGUGUCGUAGAAGGAUUCCAGAAAGCCGGCAAAUGGAUCUCUCUACCCGAUCCAGAUUGUGACGAACUGACCCAAGUCCCAACUGAUAAUCGCUGGUCGAAUUGA